GAGGAUCUCAGAGAUGGGAACACGUCUUUAAGCCGUUCGAUCAAACCAGUCUUUCCGCUACCUAAACAAACAACUCAACGAGUGACAUGGACAUAGCCCUCUUCUCGCCGGCGUCCCUCUUCGCCGCCGACGGUGACUUCUCCGAUGGAGAGACGACGGAGACGAGCCAGAGCUUCGUUGAGAGGAAUCACCAGUUUCCUGGAUUUGAAUUGCAAAUCCGGGAAUUUGGUUUCCAUCAGCUGAAUGCAAACUUGCUGUGGCCAGGUACAUUUGCCUUUGCUAAUUGGUUACUGCAGCAUCGACACUUGAUCCAAAGGCGGCGCUGUCUCGAGAUUGGAAGUGGCACAGGGGCUCUAGCUAUUUUUCUUAAGAAAGAGUUCAAUCUCGACAUAACUACUUCGGAUUACAAUGAUCAAGAGAUUGAAGAUAAUAUUGUUCAUAACUGUAUUGCAAACGAGAUUAUCCCUUCCCUGCCUCAUAUCAAGCAUACAUGGGGGGAUGAAUUUCCAAUCUCAGAACCAGAUUGGGAUUUGAUCAUAGCUAGUGAUAUACUUCUAUAUGUGAAACAGUACCCAAACUUGAUCAAGUCUCUGACUUUUCUUCUCAAAACCUACAAACCAACCAAUGCCGCUAGUCCAACAGAAUGCAAGCUAAAUGGAGCAGACACAGAACUGCCUCGUCCGGUGUUCUUAAUGAGCUGGAGACGAAGGAUUGGGAAAGACGAUGAGUCUCUAUUCUUUACUGGUUGCGAAGAAGCUGGCCUCCAGGUGAAGCAUCUCGGAAACCGAGUUUAUUGCAUCAAGCUUAGAGAGAAAGCAACCUCUGAAGAAUAGGUUGACAAACUCAUGAAUCUUCCACCUCUAAACUACCGUUCUGUUUGUUUCUCUAGCAGCUCAUUUCGAUUUGCUUUUUGGGUCAAAGUUAUGGUCAAAUGAGAUACCAUUACAGGGAUGCCAAAUCAUCAUCAUUCCUCAGUUGGUGUGGCUUCUCGCUUAAAGAUCAGUUGAACAUAAAGAGGGACAAUUAAUGACCAGUUAGUUAAGAAAAGAACAUAGAAUAUAUUCUGUUUCCCUUC